AUGGAAGAACCCAACUUCAAAACCCAUUCGAACCUCAACAUUCUCAAACCCUCAACCAACUCGAACCUCAGAAGCCAUUCGAAAAUCUCAAGAGCUUCAACCACGCUGAACCCAUCCGAAAAUCUGGUGCUUAGGUUUUCUUCCCAAUCUCACCACCCAAGAAGUGCAGAUUUAUGUCCUCUCACCUUCAAUAAUUGGAAGGCUUUGGUUAAGACUUGGAAGGAUGAAGUAAUCGAUCCAGUCUGGGAAUAUGUCAAUGAAAAAUACAUCAUCCCAGAGAAAGGAAAGAAGGAUGUAUUUGCUAUUGUAAGUGAUGCUUGGAGACGAUACAAAUACUUGAUUAAAAAGAAUCAUUUUACCAAGUACAAAACCAUGCACGAGCGGUUAAAAAAUCGUCCAGAAGAGGUACCGGAAGAAGACUUUAAGAAGUUAUUGGUGUAUUGGAGAGAUAGAAACAGUCAAGAAGUCAGUCUGCAAAAUGCUCAAAAUAUUGCUCAACUGAAAUGGAGACAUCGAACGGGCAAUAAAGCCUUUGCUGUUAUAAGAGAAAAAAUGCGUGUAAGUAAUGAAGAUAAAGAGCCUCCCAGUCAAGCGGAAAUGUUCAUUGCUACACGUCAAAGUAAGAAAGGAAAAGAGCUGGAUCAAGAAACCAAUACUGGAAUUAUAAAGCGUCAAGACUUAAUUGAGAAACAUGGGAAGCCUUCUGAAGAAGCCUUUCAAAGUGUAUGCGGCAAAGAAAAACCUGGCAGACUUCGUUGCCGCGGAAGAACUACAACUAUGACUCUAUUGAAGAGAAAUGAAGAAAUUGCAAGACUUAGAAAAGAACAUAAUGAUGAGGUAAAACAAUUAAAGGAUCAGAUACAAGAAAUGGAAGAGAAACGGCGUAAGGAAACAAAAGCAAUGGAAGGAAAAAUUCAGAUUCUUCUUAAGGCCAUGUUGAGUCAAAACACCACUAGGUUGGAUACAGAGGCAUUGGCAGAUUUGAUAACAACUUCUGCAGAUGAUGCUAACAAUGUAUUGCGUUCUUCUACGUCAAUAUUUGCUCAAGAUGAUAAUGAGAUGAAUAAUGAUGAUAUCAAUGAAGAAUUUGAAGAUUUGGAAGCACAAGAUGAAGAGAUAUAGAUGUGUGUUUAUAUAUAUAUAUAUAUAUAUAUAUAUAUAUAUAUAU